CAUCUAACAGCAGCUGGACCAGUCCUCUGCACAUGACGAAAAAAGCAGACGGGACGUGGCGACCCUGUGGCGACUACAGGGCCCUCAACGCGAAAACAAUUAUCGACCGUUACCCACUACCUUUCUUGCAGGAUUUUACUAUGCAUUUGCAGGGAAAAACCAUCUUUUCUAAGGUUGACCUGCACAAGGCAUAUCAUCAAAUCCCGAUACAUCCCGAAGAUAUACCGAAGACGGCGAUCACAACCCCCUUCGGAUUGUUCGAGGUCACCACGAUGCCCUUCGGCCUACGAAACGCUGCGCAAACUUUUCAGCGACUCAUUCACGAUGUCCUCCGAGGUCUUGACUUCGUGUUCCCAUACAUAGACGAUAUGAUUGUCGCCUCGUCGUCAGAGGAAGAACACCACGAACACUUGCGCCAGCUGUUCCAGCGUCUCGAACUACACCACCUGGCCAUCAAUCCGGCCAAAUGCGAAUUCAACCGAAGCGAAAUUGCCUUUCUCGGCCACUUGGUCAACGCAGAAGGGAUACGUCCUCUCCCGGAACGGGUACGAGCAAUCAGCGAGUUGAGUAAACCAGCGACGAUAAGGGAGCUGAAGAAAUUCCUCACGAUGAUCAAUUAUUAUCGACGCUUCUUGCCACAUGCCCUGACGACACAAAGCAUCUUACUUGAGAUGACACCGGGGAACAAGAAGAAGGACAAGACACCGCUAAAGUGGACGCCCGAAUCCGGCCAACUCCAGCCCUUAGGAUUUUUCUCCAAAAAGUUUGAGAAGGCACAGCUCAACUACUCAACAUACGACCGCGAGUUGACCGCUAUUUAUCUGGCUGUACGACACUUUCGGUAUCAGUUAAAGGGUCGUGAAUUCUGCAUCUACACGGACCACAAACCUUUAACUUUCGCUUUUCGCCAGACUCUUGACAGCUCCUCGCCGCGUCGAGCUAGACAACUCGACUUCAUUGGACAAUUCUCCACCGACAUUCACCACGUAUCGGGAGAAGAAAACAUCACCGCCGACCUACUCUCACGGAUCGAAAUUGUAAACACAUCACCUGCAAUCGAUUUUGAACGUCUCGCCGAAGAGCAAACAAACGACCCUGAGCUCGCCGACAUACUCAGCGGUAAAACACGAACCGACCUUUUCCUUCAAAAAACGCCGAUACCAGGAAGCACCCAAUCGCUAUACGCCGACUGCCCUGGUGGAAUAAUCCGACCGUACAUCACAAGAUCAUUCCGGGAUCAGCUUCUACACGCCGUACACGACCUUAGCCAUCCUGGAGCGAGAGCCACUGCCAAAUUAAUGACAGAGCGAUUUGUUUGGCUGGACAUCAAAAGGGACGCUCAUGAAUUCGCCAGGAACUGCUUGGCAUGCCAACGCGCUAAGAUAGGCAGACACACGAAAAGCCCGCUCGUACCGUACCCGGCAACGCAAGACAGGUUCAGGCUACAUAUAAACAUCGAUAUCAUCGGGCCAUUUCCAAUCAGCAACGGCAACCGAUACUGCCUCACGAUCAUAGACCGAUAUACCCGCUGACCGGAAGCUAUACCGAUUCCAGACAUAACCGCGACUACGGUUGUAUCAGCACUGCUGUACCAUUGGAUUGCACGAUUCGGAGUUCCGUCUCACGUGACAACCGAUCAGGGACGACAAUUCGAGUCCGCCCUGUUCAAGGAGUUGACGCGAGCUCUUGGAACAAAACACAUUCGAACGACCGCGUAUCACCCGCAGGUAAACGGGUUGAUCGAGAGAUGGCAUCGCACUCUCAAAGCUGCAAUUUGCUGUAAAGAUACAUCGAAGUGGAGCGAGCAUCUCCCACUCAUACUGCUCGGAUUACGCACUACAUUCAAGAACGACAUUAAUGCGUCGCCUGCAGAACUCGUGUACGGAACGACCCUCACCAUUCCCGCCGAAUUCCUCGUCGAAAAACCGCAACCGGCCAUGGUGAACCAGUCCGACUUUGCCAAGAAACUCCGGGAAGCGAUGAGCAAAAUUCGACCUUCUAACACCGCCUGGCACACCAACCGAACAUCGUUUGUGCACUCCGACUUGAACAAAUGCUCGCAUGUGUUUGUGCGCAAUGACACCGUCCGUCCCGCGUUAACCACACCUUAUCACGGCCCAUACCAAGUACUUACUCGAAAUUCAAAGUCUUUUCAGAUCCUACUAAAAGGACACCCCUCGCUUGUGUCCGUCGACCGCCUAAAGCCAGCAUAUACAACCGAAGGAAUAAUCUCGUCAGCCCCGCAACAACCGUCACCCGACCAACUGCUGACGAGCCAACGACACGCUACUCCGGUGGCCCAACCACCGUCGACGCAACAAUCGACGAUGAGCCAGCGUCUCACAACUCCGAUGCCCGGACCAUCGUUGCUCGACCAGCUGCCAUCGUCCAACCAGUCGUCGCUGCCAGAUCAGCAGCCAACGGCCACACAGUCGCCUUCGACCAUACAGCUGCCGUCAACAAACCAACCGCCGAUAGCCCGGAACCGCGCCACACGAACAUCACCCAUGCCGUCGCUACAACCAGCCAGAGCAACCACCUUCGCCCCACCACCGCCUAUCUUACGCAAGGAUCAAAACGUAUCGACCGGUGUUACAAGAUCUCAACGAAGAGUAGUAAUUCCUCUGCGAUACCGAUAACACCGAUCUAGGAGGGGAAUCCUGUAGCGACCAGAGUUCCAUCUGGUGCAUACACCUAGAACCACAACCAAAAAUGUUCGACGGGCGAACUAGAGCGAGACAACCAGUGACAGCACGCUUCACCGCCUCGAUUAUCCGGUGGCUAGCUACACAUACUCUCUUCUCCGAGAACUCUCGAACGAACAACAGUAGUUUUCGCGUCUCUCCCGAACUCACCGUUCCGCGGCUUAAAAGAAAAACGA